AUUUAUUCUAGCGUGUCCUUCUUUUGCUUUACAAUAUCGCUUAAAUCCACUCAAAUUUUUUCACUACAACAAUGCCACUCGAAGUGAUUGGCGCUGGCUGUAGCCGAACCGGAACAUAUAGUCUAUAUUUGGCACUUGAAAUACUGGGAUACAAAACACAUCAUGGAUUUUCCUUGCUCACAGAUCCAUCCCAGGACCCAAAUAUAUGGCUUGACGCUCACAUGAACUCCACAUCUCAAAACUGCUACAACAAUAGCAAUAAGGAUGGCGAUGACGAGGACAAAUGGGAGAAAGUAUAUGGAAACUAUACAGCUGCUUCAGAUUGGCCGACAAGCUCGUUUUACAAACAACUGCUCAAGCAAUACCCGGCAGCCAAAGUCAUACUGACUGUACGACCAGCCGAAAGUUGGUAUACAUCCAUUGAAAACACAGUGUUGAAAUUGGUCCGUUGGAGGUUUAUGCGCUAUGUUUUGCCGCACCACCUGUGGCUCGUACAAGAUUUAUGGUGCAGAACAUUUCUUAACGGUGCAGUAGCAGAUUCAGAAGAUAGUUCACCAUUAUUCGACCGUGACAAUAUGAUUCGAUGCUACAAUCAACAUAUCGAAGAGGUGAAACAGACGAUACCAGAGGAUCAACUAUUGAUCAUGUCUUUCGACGACGGUUGGGAGCCUCUUUGUAAAUUCUUAGGGAAGGAGGUACCACCUAGCAAUGUACCUUACCCCAAUUCAAACGCGCGUCUCAAUUUUUAUGAGUUCUUUUGGCGUCCCAUGCAAAAGGAAUGGGGUAAUACGCUUGGGAUGCGCUGUUGGUGGGGACUGUGGCGCCUCUGCGAAUACAAGAAGAGCAGGUUAUCGUCGUCCUCACCCAUCAUUGUGUGUAUUGUAGUAAUUGUUGUAUAUGUUAUCUCUCUGUUUUUGUAUCAUCAAUUUUCAAGUCUCUAGGCUAAAUUGCUACGGUUGCUACAGAGAGCAUUAAUUAAAUU